AUAUGUCAGUUUUCUAAAUUGUCGCUGAAAAUGAUAUGUAAUGUAGCUAGCAUAUUUUUCUUUAUAUAUUAAUAAAAUAUUUAAACUUCAAGAAAGUAAUCAUUAUUUGAAUGCAAGAAGGCUCUUCCAAGUAAUAAUCAAACACAAGACUGCCGAAACGGCUUAGGGUUUAACGCAUCCGGAACCUAAAGUUACUUCGACUUUCAGGGCUCCCAACCCGGAGGUGCAGGUAAAGCCCGUUAAAAGGUCAAGAAUCGCUGGUUGUACGCCAACCGAACAAUGAGUUGUAAGUAAGUUCCGGUGCUAGAUACGGUAAAUCGGUGGGACGAUCGAAUCAGCAGCUAGCCGUCAGUCGAGGGAGACAACUGGAUACUGGCCUCACGGAAGAACAGCUACUGAAUUUCAUUGACACGGUGACUGUGGCCAUCAUGCGGUCUCCAUCCGACAGCGAAACAAGCCACCGAAGUUUCUCACUCUUCAACUGGUUAUUAUUAUUAAUUCGGCAAAAGGUACAAGCCAAAAGGCCUGAUCGGUUUUGGGACAUGACGGGCCUAUUAGAAGCUUAUCGGCCUUUGGUCGUCUAUUAUUCUACUAUUAACUAUGGAAGUGUAUUGCAUUUAAUUCAAGAUUUCUUAUAGCCGCCACCCAUCUUGUAAAAUAAUAACACAUCGAUUCUAAAAAGCAUCAACAACACCAUCUAGGAAAAAGUAAAAAAUUAAUUAGACAUUGAGUGAUCUGCGUGAACCUGUCUGUGGAAUAAAUAAUGUGUGGUUUCAUUCCCUCUCUCUACACAUAAUAAUUAUGAAGUGAUAAGAGAAGCACGAAACAUAUGUAUAUCGUGGAGAGGAGAAUAAUCUGUGUAUAUUAAAAAUAUCCGUCGAAAUGUAUUAAAUAAAGAUUGCGUCACAAUAGCAACUUGUCAUAUUUUUAUACAACGCAAGUUGUUGAGAAUUUUCAAUAGUAAACAAUAAUAUUAAAUAUUUCUACUCUGUAUACUCCACUUCAUCAACACUUGCCAAAUUUAUAUUAUACCCUUUGUCUACACCAGCGCCAAGGUUUUUGUACUGUUAUUUAUCGUAUACAGCAGGAGACUUUUUCCAAUAAGGGAUAAUCCUCAUCUAUACCUUCUAUAACACUAUAUGGCUUUUUAAGAACCGUAAUCCUGGAUGCCAUAGAUCACCGAUUAUCUGAUUGCUGAUCCUAAUUUGAACAAGAUUUUUAGUUUCUGAAAGACGCGUUUUUGGUGGAAAUUUAGAACUUACAUUUCAACUUGCAAAAACUUUCCAUACUUCUUUUCGUACAUCUAUUUUUCCAUGAUUUCGCCGUAUAGUUUCCGAAUACCAGUGAACGUAAUUUCUUUACUAAUAGAUAAUGAACAGUUCAACCCAAUCAUUAUUUCCGUAUAGCACAAAAACCAUCUUUAUGGUAAAUCUCGAUAGUGCACUAUAAAUACUAAUCACAGAUCAUUUUUGUAAAGUUCUAUGAGUUUCAACAAGUCUAAUAAUCUUGUGUACACAGUCACUGUGGUCCUAAAUGUAUAAGACCGUGAUUGUUAUAGUGAUGUAUUGACAAUUUGAAAAUCAACAUUUCCUAAACAAUACCAGAAGCAACCAACCUAACUUUAUUAUCCAAGAGUUUGUGUUGAUGUUUGUUGAAUUUUUUAGAAUAUGUCUGAAAAUCAGGCAAGUUUAAAUAAGGAGGAAUCAGAAGAAACCUCAGAUGAUAAUUUAGAAAUUGUCAUUGAAAGCCAAACUCGCAAAAGGAAACCUCCUCCGGAGCCUACUGAAUCCGAGAGACAAAUUAUAGAAAGUAUAGAAGAUGAACUCGAAAGAAAGCUUGAAGAAAAAGCUGCGAAGACAAAUUUGAAUGCCGUGCAUGUGAGGAAGAUUAUUCGUCAAGUUGUUACCAAUGAGCAUGUAUUAACAUUAAUUCGUAAUGCAGAUAAUGCGAAGACAGCCGAAGGAACCCUUCCAAUUUUUGAACCCAAGUGGACACGUUCAAAAACCAAAGAGUUGGGUUCUGUUCCUGGAGCUCCGAUACCUCCAAUACCCCCUGUUACUUGGUCAGCUACCAAACCGUCAUCUGAAGUACAAGCUUUAUUUACUGAAGAAUUACAAGAAGAUUCUUCAGGAGAUGAAUAUAUCCCUACUAUGGCAGAUGAAGAUAAGGAUGAUUUGGAAGAAAGUGAAGAUGAUCCAGAUAGCUCAAUAUGUACUACUGAACCACCUACCUCACCUUGUGCUUCUUCUCCAAUUCCUACUGCUCAAACAAACUGGUCAGUUGAUGGUGUUUUCAAAAUACCUACUGCACCAAAGGAAAAAGAAGAUGCCCCAGAUGAAGCUACAAUUGCUUUACGUACAAGGUCCAAACUUUCUUUAAGUUCCACUCCACUAGAAAUAAUAGAAGAAGCUUUUAUACCACCUGAUAUUACUACCGACAUGUAUGAAAUGGACUGUGAUAAUGAAGAUUGGAAGAAUUUUCUGAAGACAUUCACCAGACCUUUAGAAGAGGUUAAUAAACUUCCAGAGGAAGAAGAAUUGGAUCCAGAAUAUAAUGUAUUAUCUGAUGAAGAAAUAGAUAAACCUGAUAAGGAAGAACUCAGGGUAGACAAAGCUGUUAAAGUUAGCAGAAAAGAAUUGAACGCUUUGAUUUCAGAGUUGUAUGAAUUUUGUUCAAAUGAACAAGCAUAUCUUAAUCAAGUUGAAGAUGAUGAACCAGAGACAACAAAUUUUUUAAAUUCCCAUUUAUCUUUUCAAAAUUCUAUGAAUAAUUCAGAAAACAGCAUUUAUACGGAUAAUACACUAACUCAGAGAAAUGAUUUCAAUGAUAAAUCAAUUUUUGAAGCAACAGAAAAAAUGAUGUUGACUGAUCUUCAGAUUGGCUUAUUAGGUCAACAAUUGCGGCAACAUGUACAAUUAAUGACACAAAACUAUUUACUAACAUAUCAGCACCCUGAGUUACAUAAUUAUUCAAUACAAAUGAAGGAAUAUUUGUAUAACUUUAAAUAUCUUGGUGAUUAUAAAGAGAAAUCGGUAUUUCAUACCUACAAUUUGUCAAAAGCCAUUGAUAUUAUGAAAUACUGGGAAGAAUUAUUAGCAUCUAAUAGCGAAGAUGUAAUCAAAAUGAAAAAACACAUAGAAACGACAAUAUAUGAAUCACUCAAGUAUAAACAAACAGGAAGCGAGUACAUAGUAACAUUUCCGACAUUAAUAUUGGAAACUAUAUCGAAAAGUGAUGUAUUUUUGUAUACUUCACUUUUACCGAAAAUUCCCUUUAAAACGCCAAAGCUAUUCACCUCCAAAAUAGCUCACUUUACUGCUCCUGAACUUAACAUUUCAGGCCUCAAUGUCUUCAUUCAACGUGAAUGUUAUUUGAAAACAUAUACUGAAAACAAUAUUUUUAGCUUAGUUGCAUUAGGAAUAGAAGAAUUUAUGCCAUUAGUCACUGAAGAACUUGAAGAGAACCCUUCGAAAAAAAAGCUUUUCACUUCACUAGCUGAAUAUAUACAUGAGUAUUUGUUGCCUAUAAAAGAGCCUAAGCAAAUAGUAAAUCAAAUGUACCAAAGCGAAAAUUUUAGACCUCAUGAAAAUCCAAUAAAGUAUUAUUUUCAAAAUAAUAAGGCUCCUACUUGUAUACAUUAUUUUAUUUUAUUAGAAGAUUUGCAAAUAUUACCGCCUUGUAAACGAAGACCGGAAGACCUACCAUUUCAAUGGAAGAAUUUUAUAUAUCCACAAAAGAUUGUAAAUCAAUCAUGUAUUUCAUUAGUAAGUCCAUGUUCCGGUACUGAAGUGUAUUCAGUUUCAAAACCAGUUUAUAAUAUUCAAAAACAGAUAUUACCAAAGAUUUCAACACCUACCCCACUUCGCCCAUCAGAACGAAAAAGACGUUUGAAGAGGCCUAGCAGACGCUCAAAAUUGGUUAAAACAAACCUAUUGUUUCGGGGUCAAGAUCCAAUUACAAAAUUUAAAAAAUGCUUGAGUCAACCUACAUGUAUCAACAAAUUAAUGCAAUUGUUUUUCAUUGAUACAUAUGUUGCAAUAAAGCCUAAUGAUAAAAAUGAAUUGGAUGGUUAUACUGAAUACACUUUAAAUUUUGAAAGUAGUUUAUUGAAUAGAGGCAAAAACAGAAGAAUCAGUACCAGCAGUUCUAUUGAUAAAGGUGAGGUUUCAAAAAUGUUACCGAACAUGCCCUGUCUGGGUACUCCUGUAAAGAUUGGAUGUGGAAAUAAUGGUUCUGGCAACACAAUAGAAGGAAAAACAGUCGAAAUUUCUGAAGUAGGAAUUUCAAAGUUCCAGUUAUCAAGUUCAGAAUGUAUAACCACUGAAAAUGUCAAACUGGAUAUUAAAAAUGAUAAUAAAGGUGACAUUACAAAGGACAAUCAAGAAGAUCUAAAUGCCCUCUUAAUUGCGAGUUCCACUGUGAAACCGCCUACUAAAAAAGAACCUACAGUUGCCGAAAAAAAGAAAGCAAAAAUGACCAAAGAAUUUCUUGCAAAUUUAGCAAUUUCAACGCCUGAAGAUCGAAAAGUUGAGAAACAAAAAAAUGAAAUGUUUGCAUUGGCCUAUUACGACAAAAUGCGAGAAACAUUAGAAAUAGAAGCUUAUCACAAAAUAAUGCAAAUAUUAAAUGACUACGAGGAAGGCGAUGCUAUAGAUCUUUAUAGAAAAAUUGAACCUGUGUUAAGGGUAAAAUAUAAGGAUCUCGCUGAUGAAUUUCUCCUUUUUCUUAGAGAAAGAGAAGCGGCGGCUGUAGGUCGUUUAAUACCUUGGAUUAGAAUGAACAACAGAUCGAAAUUUCUCAGGAAAUUGGAAAUUUAUUUCAAGGAUCAACCGUCUCAAUUACGUAAAAUUUACCAAUGUCUUACUGAAUUAUCACAAGCUGUCGGUGUUUCUAUGGAAAAGAUUAAGACUACUUUAAUACCCAUGUUUAAAGGAAAUGCUGUAUUAACUGAUUUAUUUCUCCAAAAUUUUUUGGAUGAACCGCCCCCUUUAAGUUUGUUGGAAGGACCUUCAGAAGUUUUUGAUAUCAAUAAAGAACUGUCCCAAAGUGCUGAUGAUGAACCUUGUGAAAUAUUUACUGUACCAGAUGCGGAAGACAAAUAUGGUGGUAACAGCUGUAUUUGUAAUUGUCACCGAAUAGAAGAUGCAGAAUUUAAAUCUAAAUUUAGACAUUGUAGUAAGUGUGGUAUCAAGUUUUUAAAUGGUACAGUAUACCUUCAGACUGGAAGAGGGUUGAGGCCAGCAACAGUAUCAUUUUUAACUAGUCCUAAUGUUGACCACCAAUCAAGACUAGCAGAUAAAUCUUGGUCAAAAUUUAUUCAUAGGAAAAAACAUACAGAUUCAAGUCCUUCAAAGCAAAGUAAUAACUCCAAAGAAAAUGCCGAUGAAGAGACGGAUGAAGAUGGAGAUAAAAAGAAAAAACCAAAACGAAAACCUCAAAGAAACAGAAAGCCAAAAUUGACGAAAGAUACAGUGAGCCAAGAAACGCAAAAGAAACCUAUUCCUAAAAGAAGAAAAAUUAACAAAUCUAGUCCCAAAAAACGUAAUUACUCACCAAAGAAAACUAACGCUAAUCGCAAAAUGGAGAAAGAACAAACCAAAACGUCUGUUGAGGCGUAUUCAGAAGGACCUAAUGAAACAGAACACGAAGAGCAGAUAGAAACUGAAUUGGAAGAGCCUACAGAAACCGAACUGGAGGAACCAACAGAAACAGAAUUAGAAGAACCUACAGAAACAGAGACAGAAGAUAAACAGUAUAUAAAGCCAGGUUCCAAUAACGGUCAACUGAAAAGAUUACAUGAAGAAUCAUGCGAAGAAGGAGAGCAAAGUGCUGCUGGAGAAUCAUUUAGUGAAGUUAAACUAGGAAGUCCUGAACAACAAACUGCAGAAUCAGAAAGUGAAUUUUGUGAGGAAUCUUCACAGGAUAAUUGCGAGACUGACAGUAAUUCCAGUACAUCAUCUGUCAACAGAACUCAGAAUUAUGCAGUUUUAAGACAAAAUUGGAAGAGGGAAGAAGAUAAAAUAAUUUUAGAAGUAUUCCAGACCGAAAAUGAUAAGGAUCAUGCGUUUAGGGCGAUUGCUAAUCAACUUGAAAAUAGAUCAGUAGAUGAAAUAAAAUCUAGAUUUCACAAAUUAAUGGAUUUAUUAUUGAAAACUGUUGAAGAAACAUAGGUUUUUAUUUAAAAAAAAAAUAAUAAAUAUUUAUUGAAUUGUU